AUGGUAGAUUUUGAAGAAAAAAUUCCAAAUUUUCGCAUUCUUCCACUUGUUCAGCCCAACCCCGACGGUCAUGAGAUCGAUAUUCAGAAGAUUAAGAUGGAAUUACGAGGCGGUUUAUCAGAUUGCCCCGCAGAAGAUCGAUGUAUGGCUUGGCUUUCAGUUUUUGGCGUAUUCCCAAAGAAUCCGAACGAAUGGCCACUAAUACGUGCUCAAAUACUUUCGUUAUAUGAUAUACUCAUCAAAGAAUAUGGGGUUGAAAAUUGGCUCACAGUCAUUAUGAAGAAAAACACCCGCAAAGCAGAUAUAAAUCUUCCAUAUAGUUCAGUUAUGGCAUUAAUACAUACGGACAUCAUUCGAACUGGAAGGCAUAUUUUUUUCUUCCCGCCAGAUCCAGUUUUAGUUGAAAAUGACACUGAUGAAUGCUUAUAUGCCUUUCACUCUACUAUACGCAAGUUAGAGAGAAUACUCUAUGUCUUUGCUAGGGCAAAUGAAAAUUAUGGUUACAUGCAAGGUUUUAACGAACUUGUUGCCCCAAUAUUAUAUGUUAUAACAAAGGCAAAACGGCUUUUCGAUGGAAAUGAACUUGAAUGUGAAGCAAUAACCUUUUAUUUAUUCCAAAAUUUGCUAACUACGACCUCUAUUAGUGAAUACUACGAUACAAGAGAUAAGUCAUCGCAACUUGAACAACGAUUAGAGGUUUUCCAUACAUUAUUUAAUAGAUUAUGUCCAAAACUCUGUUCUUUAUUUGAUUCAUUAGGAUUAGAUCCAUUUAUAUAUGCUUUUAGAUGGUUUAAUCUGAUAUUUGCUCAAGAACACGAUUUGCCAUCUUUAUUAUUUUUAUGGGAUAACUGCUUCUCGAGAUUAGAGCAUUUAAGUGACUAUAUUCUUUAUGUUGCUGUCGCUCACAUCGAAGAAGUAUCUUCUCGCUUUACUCGAUUGGAAUUUUCUGUAAUUGUUGAAGUUUUGCAAAAUAUGCAAGAACCUAACGUUUUCAAUAUCCUUAAAGAGGCCAAUAGGCUCUGGGAAAUUGAUGCAAAAUUCAGAAAUUCAAAAAAGAAAAAGAAAUAA